GAGCAUCAGGAUGUGAAGACACACUGUAGAUUGUUGAUGUGAUGAUGAUGUGAUGUUGGAGCCUCUUCUCCUCUGUCUCCUCUCACAGGGAGGAGAUGAUCUGCAGCAUCCUGGUGAUCUUCAUCCUGACCUCCUGUGUCUGUGGUCAGUUCACUUUAGUGUUUGUAAAGCAGCUGUGAAGCAUCAGCACACACUCCUCAGAAACAUCUGGAGAUGGAGUCUAAAGGCUCCAUGUUAAAGCUGUCACUUUGUCACCUCCUCCUCUCCUUCUCUGUCUCCUCAGCAGGGUCAUUUGUAGUGAAUGUGACACAGAGCUGGUAUCAUGCAGAGGAGAAGCACAACAUCUCACUGGAAUGGAUGUUCCCCACCAGCACGGACCACUCCACCAACUCCCUCUAUGUCUCCUGUGAGAUGUUAGCUAAUCAGACACCAUAUUUCCUGCUUCAUCUACAUGAAGGUGUGGAGGUCCCAGAGUAUCAGCAUGAACGCUUUGCAGGACGAGUCCAGUGGGACAAAGACGUCCUCAGAGAAGGACGACUCAGACUUCACAUCUCCAGACUCCAGACUAGUGACUCUGGGCUGUACUGGUGUCAAGUGGACACAAGUUAUGGGAAGAACUAUAAGGAAUGUCACCUCAAUGUCACUGCAGUGAAGGAUCGACCUGAACCUGAGAGAACCAGUGACACCAGUCUGAGAGCAAGCAUCGUUUUCUACUGUGUACUGGGAAUACUGGGACUAGCAGCAGCUCUACUGGGUUUUUGUUUAUUAUCUUUUGCAUUGCAAAAAAAAGAGAGGAGUUCUGAAUUACAUCCACCUGAGAUACAUUUGGACCUAGUGGUAGAAUGACUGUUAGAUGUUGGAGGUUUGGUCUCCCUCUGACAUCCCCUGCUUCAUUUUG